GUGAACUUUAACGGCAGCGCGCUUUCUCCACCAUCCUACCUGCAAGACGAGGUCGGCGCGAGAGGUCCCUGUGGCGGCUCUCCUCCGGUGGCACCCAAUGGGCCCCCACUCAAACUCCCUGCCUUUAGACACGCGGACCCUGAACUGGAAACGGACUGGAUCUACCGAACUCCCUGAAAAAUGAUCACUGCGAUGUGCUAGGGAAGUUUCUCCGCAAAAGAUCUGGAUACAUUUUCAUGUUUACUGGAGCUCACACCCAGAAUUCAACAUGAGUAAUAUUUACGAGUCUGCUGCCACCACCCUGGACCUGUUCAACACGCCAUGCCUCACUAAGGUGGAGCUGCGUGUGGCCUGUCGAAGCCUCUCUGACCGGGAUGCUCUGUCCAAGCCAGAUCCCUGCGUAGUGCUCAAGAUGCAAUCCCAUGGCCAGUGGUUCGAGGUGGACCGUACGGAGAUCAUCCGCAGCAGCAGUAGCCCGGUGUUCUCGAAGGUGUUCACGGUGGACUUCUACUUCGAGGAGGUGCAGAGACUUCGCUUCGAGCUGCAUGACAUCAGCAGCCACAACGGCCUGAAGGAUGCAGACUUCCUGGGCGCCAUGGAGUGCACUCUGGGUCAGAUUGUGUCCCAGAGAAAACUGUCCAAAGCUCUACUGAAGCAGGGAAACACAGCAGGCAAAUCCUCCAUCACGGUUACAGCGGAAGAGCUCUCUGGGAACAAUGAUUAUGUGGAGUUGGCUUUUAGUGCCCGCAAACUAGACGACAAGGAUUUCUUCAGUAAAUCAGACCCCUUUUUGGAAAUCUUCAGAAUAAACGACGAUGGCUCUGGAUCGCUUGUACACAGAACUGAGACCAUCAUGAAUAACUUAAGUCCCGUCUGGAAAUCUUUUAAAGUCUCUCUCAACACACUCUGCAGUGGAGAUGAGGACCGUCAGCUCAAGUGCACUGUGUAUGACUGGGACUCUAAUGGGAAACAUGACUUCAUUGGAGAGUUCCAGACCACUUUCAGAGAGAUGAAAGGCGAUAUGGAUGGAAGACCGCUAACGUGGGAUUGUAUCAACCCUAAGUACCAGAUGAAGAAGAAGAACUACAGGAACUCUGGCACAGUCACCCUCUACCUGUGCAAGAUCAUAAAGAUGCACUCGUUUCUGGACUACAUCAUGGGGGGCUGUCAGAUCCAGUUCACGGUGGCGAUUGAUUUCACGGCAUCUAACGGAGACCCACGGAACAGCUGUUCCCUCCACUACAUCCACCCGUACCAGCCCAAUGAGUAUCUCAAGGCCCUGGUGGCCGUCGGGGAGAUCUGCCAGGACUAUGACAGUGAUAAGAUGUUUCCAGCAUUUGGGUUUGGAGCACAGAUACCUCCUGACUUCAAGUCAUGUGUGUUUCAGGUAUCACAUGACUUUGCUGUGAACUUUGAUGAAGACAACCCAGAAUGUGCAGGUAUUCAGGGUGUGUUAGAGGCCUAUCAGAACUGUCUUCCUAAGAUCCAGCUCUACGGCCCCACUAACAUCGCCCCCAUCAUCAUGAAAGUGGCCAACGCCGCGUCUGAGGAGAUGCACACCAAAGAGGCCAUGGAGUACUUUAUCCUGCUGAUCCUGACGGACGGCGUGAUCACAGACAUGGCCGACACGCGGGAGGCCAUCGUCCACGCGUCCCACCUGCCCAUGUCCGUCAUCAUUGUGGGCAUCGGCAACGCCGACUUCAGCGACAUGCAGAUGCUGGAUGGCGACGACGGAAUCCUGCGCUCACCCAAAGGGGAGCCUGUCCUGAGGGACAUCGUCCAGUUUGUCCCCUUCCACAACUUCAAACAUGCCUCCCCUGCUGCCCUUGCCAAGAGUGUCCUGGCAGAGGUUCCCAACCAGGUGGUGGACUACUACAACGGCAAGAGCAUCAAGCCCAAAUGCAUGUCUGACUAUGAGUCUUCCAGGGCAUUCAGCCCUUGAGUGCAGUGGCUGGCUCUUCAGAUGACAGGGGCCAGCGUUACAGAAAGCAACAGUGUUUCACACACAAAACAGCAGGAGAUUCUCUUUCCACCACACUUUCCAAUAACAUCCACCACACACUUCUACUAACAUCCAGGGCCAUGUUAAAAACAGGAACCUUCAGUUCUUAGUUCUGCUUUUCCAAGAUCUAUUGUCAACAAAACCCUAAAAAACAACGUGCCCUAAUUUAAAUGACAGGCAAAGGCAUGCAAGGAAAAAAGUAUCUUGUACACAAAGCUGUAGUGUGGCGUGAGGGAGACUAAAACUGACUUCCCAAUGUUUGACCCACCGAUCUUGUUCAUGCCAUUAAAUUAGGAAAUGGAUUUGGCCAAGUUAUUACAUUUAGCAGUAGAUAGACUUAAGACUUUGCCCUUUGUCCAUCAUUUAAACUAGGGCCCAGAGUGUGUUUGUAUGAAAUUGUAGCCCAUGGCUUUUCCGAGCCACUGAAUAUUUAUCAGUAGUCCCAUAGUUGCCACUUAAGAACUAUUUAUGUGUUUUCUUAUAUUUGUUUUGCAUGUGUAGCAGUCGGACAGGCAGCGGUUAUAUAUCCUACAUACUUUUGUACAUAGAAAUGAUGACAGGUCAACCAAACAGCAAUUUGCAUGCCAAGCACAAGAGAGACAGGUUCUAAAACUCAAAAUAUGUCUGACUCGUAGGAGUGUAACAUUAUAAAUAUGUAGAGGAGAUACUGUUUGUGUUUCUUUUCUAUAACUUUAACUUUGUCCAAAAUCUUUUGCUAUAUUUCUUACAUAUUCUUACAAUGUAAAGGGACAAGGAUACUGUGUGCAGGAAUGUAGCAUUGUGUUAUCAGUUUGUAGAAGCUUAAGGCUCUCUUUCUAUGUGUGUGUGUGUGUGUGUGUGUGUGUGUGUGUGUCUGUCUGUCUGUCUGUCUGUCUGUCUGUGUGUGUGUGUGUGUGUGUGUUUGCAUAUGUAUAAAAGAAAUUGAAUAUGAAAGAUGACAGAGAGAUAUGUGAAUGUACAUACUGAAUGGACAAUGCUGAUAUACAUCAUGUAUUUUGCAUGUUAACAAUUAAACAAUUUUGGUGCA